GAGCUGCGGCUCCUGGGGGGCUCCAGGACGAGGGAAAAGACCGGCUGGGAUCUCCUGAGCCUGCGGGACCGCGUGGUGUGGAUAAACCCAAGGAGCUGCUGGAACUAAGGAUGGAUGAGCUGUGUGGGUUCCGGUUCUGGCUGUUGCUCGUGGCCCUAAUGCUGAGCUUUGUCCUGCACAUAAUCUUCCUGCUCUGCUGGUUGGGCUUGCCCAGCCAUUUCUGGGCCUGUUGCGCCCAGCAGUGCUCGACCUUGCAAGUCCGAGCCCAGCAAAACCAGGCUCAGCCGAGCGGUGCUGAGCAAGGCCGUGCCCUGAAAGGUGCCACCCAGCAAAGCCAGGCUCAGCAAAGCCAGACUCGGCAGUACGGCACCGUGCAAAGCAAAGAGGAGCAGCUCGCCCGGGAGAGACGGACCCUGGAAAGCCUCACCCAGCAGAGCCUCGCUAUUCAAAUGCUCUCCCUGAAGAUGCACACUGAGCAAAGCCAGGCUCAGCAGAGCCACGCUCUGGAGAACGGUGCUCAGUGGUGGGGGGCCCAGCAAUGCUGCGCCCAGUGGAGCCUCGCUCAGCAGUGCGGCACCCUGCAAAAACGAGCCCUGCAGAGCCAGGCUCAGCAGAGCCAGGCUCAGGAGAAUGGUGCUCAGCAGUGGGGCACCCAGCAAAGCCUCACCCAGUGGAGCAACACCCAACAGAGCCUUACCCUGCAAAGCGACACCCAGCAGAGCCACGCUGAGCAAAGCCAGGCCCAGCAGAGCGGUGCUCAGCAGUGGGCUGCUCAGCAAACCCAGGCUGAGCAGAGCCUUGCCCCGCAAAGCCUCGCCCAGCAAAGCCAAUCUCAGCAGAACGGCACUGAGCAAAGCCAGGCUCAGCAAAGCCACACUGAGCAAAGCCAGGCUCAGCACUGCGGCACCAGACCCUAGACCCGCCUGAGAUGCACCCGAGAAGGUCCAAGUUCCCGUCCAGCCCGUUUGAAUUGAUGUUUAGUGUUGUUUGAGCAAAGUUUGGUGGUUUCCUUGUUUCCCUGUUUCUCAUUUUCCAUCAUUUUGAGGUGUUCCCCAUUAUUUCAGGGUCCUUGUCAUUUUUUGAGGAUCUCCCCAUCAUUUUCAGGGGGGCUCCCCAUCAUUUUGGGG